AUGGGGAGCCACAGCCUCCUCGCGCUCCUGCCCUCGCCGCCCUCCUGCCGCUUCCCGCCGCUCCUGCCGCUUCCCGCCGCCCCCUCGGCCCACCGCAAGCUCCUGGUAUUCUUGCUCGACGGCUUUCGCUUCGACUACAUCGAUGACAGCGAGCUGGAGGGUCUGCCGGGCUUUCGGGACAUUGUGAACAUGGGGGUGAAGGUGGAUUACAUGACCCCAGACUUCCCCAGCCUCUCCUACCCAAAUUACUACACGCUGAUGACGGGUCGCCACUGUGAGGUCCAUCAGAUGACUGGAAACUACAUGUGGGACCAGAAGGCAAAUGUAUCUUUUGAUAUUGGUGUGAAUAAAGAAAGCCUGAUGCCUCUCUGGUGGAAUGGAUCUGAGCCUUUGUGGGUCACAAUGACGAAAGCUAAAAAGAACGUUUCCAUGUACUAUUGGCCAGGUUGUGAGGUCGAAAUCCUUGGAGUCAGACCAAGUUACUGCCGUGAAUACUUCAGUGUCCCAACAGACAAAAACUUUGCGGAUGCCAUCAGUGAUGCCCUCGAGACCUUGUGCAACGGCAGCGCUGAGAUGGCCGCGGUGUACUACGAGCGCAUUGAUGUGGAAGGCCACCACUACGGCCCUUUGUCCCAGCAGCGGAAGAACGCUUUGAAGGAGGUGGACAAAGCCUUGAGCAACAUGAUCUCACUCAUCAAGAGCAAAGGCCUUCAGAAUGAAGUCAAUGUCCUCCUCUUCUCCGACCAUGGGAUGACAGACAUCUCCUGGGCAGACAAAGUGAUUGAGCUGAACAAAUAUAUCAACAUGAGCGAUACUAUACAAAUGAAGGACCGAGGUCCUGUUGUGAGCCUCUGGCCAGCUCCAGAGAAGCAUGCAGAGAUAUAUCAAAAAUUGAAAGCCGUGGAACACAUGGAUGUUUAUAACAUACAGGAUAUUCCAAACAGGUUUUUCUACAAAAAAGGAAAAUUUGUGUCUCCACUAACCCUUGUGGCCGAGGAAGGAUGGUUCAUAGUAGAGAUUACCCAGAGAGACUGUGGAAUCUCCCUCAUUGGAGAUACUCAAGAACUGUCAGCAGACAAUUCUGUGCAAUAUUUCCGAUCCAACUACCGAGCACCACCCAUCAGAUCCGUGGAUGUUUACAACAUCAUGUGCAGCCUGGCAGGAAUACAGCCACUGCCCAACAAUGGCUCCUGGUCCAGGGUGGAGUGCAUGCUCCGAAACACAGCUCCCUUGGCACCACUCCCCCCAUGCAGCAGCUGUGCCCUGGCACUAGUUGUGCUCUCCCUGUUCGCCAAGCAGAUCUCCUUACUGUGAUCCCUGAACAAUGUCAGUCAGUGUCACCAGCAA